AUGUUAGAUGAGCAAGCCAUUCUAUCAUGCAUUGAGCAUACUAUGGUUGCUGAUGCCAGAGUCAUUAGGGCUGCUGAAUUACAAUUAUAUGAAAUUGAAAAAGAGGCAGGAUUCACUGUCUUUUUACUAAAAAUUGUGUCUAAUCAAGAUAUUGCAUUAAAUGUAAGAAUGUCUGCAGCUAUUUAUUUUAAGAACAAAGUUCAAAGAUCAUGGAGGACUGAAAAUUCAAAUGAAAAGGUUCAUAUUGGUGAUAUUAGGGAGGAUGAAGGAAAUAUGAUAAAAGAAAACAUCAUUCCAAUCUUAAUUAACAAUUGUGAAAACAAUCAUAUCAGACCUCAUCUUGCAGAAGCUAUUAAAUAUAUUUUGACUAGAUCUACAUCAUGGGAUUUAUCUUCUACUGUUAUUGAAUUGUUAAAUACUGGUAAGUCUGAAUACAUAUAUGCAGGUUUAUUAUUAGUCUUUGAAAUGUGUUCUGCUCAUAGAUAUGAUAUGACUGGGAAGAGAGACCAGAUCGAUAAUUUUAUAAUAACUGUUUUUCCAACUAUUGAAACUCUUUUAUCUAAUUUGGUAUCAGAGACUGAUUACAAAUCAAGUGAAUUAUUAUAUUUGAUCUUAAAAUCGUUUAAGUAUGCUUGUUUAAAUAACUAUCCACAAUAUUUUAACGAUAUGGAAAAAUUGAAUUCUUGGAUCAAAUUACAUCUAUUUAUUUGUGCAAAACCAUUACCAAAGGAAGUUCUAGAGUUGGAUUAUGCUGAUAGAUCAUUAGAUAAGAGGGUUAAAGUCAAUAAAUGGGGAUUUGGUAAUCUAAAUAAAUUCAUUCACAGAUAUUCAAGAUCUACAAAACAGAUUAGUGAAGAGCUUGUUCAAUAUAUCUAUAAUAAUUUAUGUCCAGAAAUUAUCCAAGAAUAUUUCAAGAUUAUUCAAAGUUGGAAGGAGGGUUCUUUAUGGUUAAGUGAAUCGUCAUUAUACUAUUUGGUUCAAUUGUUUGAAAAAUGUUUGAUUUAUGAUGGAUUAUAUUCUCUAAUUGAACCUCAUUUACAAGUUUUCAUUGAAAAUGUUAUUUUUACUUGUUUAUGUGCAUCACCUCAAUCUGUGGAAUUAUUACAGGAUGAUGAAGAGGAAUACACAAGACGUUACUUUGAUAUGAACAAAGAAGGUAGUACUGCAGAUGUAGCUGCAGUCGAUUUCAUAUUUGUUGUUGGUCAUAAGCGUCCAGAAAAAUUAAAUAUAGUAUUGCCAUUUGUAAACAAUGUUUUAAAUGAAUUUGUUUCUUCACCAACUUUAGAGAAUGCUUAUAAACAAGAAGGUGCUAUGAGAAUGAUUUCUACUCUAUUUAGUUUUUUUGAUUCAAAUACAGAAGCUAUAGAGGGACUUUUUGCUCAUUUUAUUAGUAAGAUUAUAGGACAAGAUAAAUAUCCAUUUUUGGUGGCAAGAGGACUUGAAACCAUAGCUAAUUUUGAUUCAACAUUUACUAACAUGGAAACUUUAUCGAUGAUUUAUGAAAUGACAUAUAAUCAUCUUUUAAACAGUACAAUUUUACCAAUUCAGAUUGAAGCUGCAGAUGCAUUGAAGACUCUGGUUGUUUCCAACCCAGAUAUCCAUCCUCACAUUUCCUCUCAAGUUCCAGGCAUAAUGGAGAGAUUAUUAAAAUUAUCAAAAGAAUUUGAGAUUGAUACUAUUGCUGAGGUUAUGGAGGCUCUUGUUGAAAGGUUCUCUGAUGAAUUGACACCAUUUGCCAACGAUUUAGCAUCCAAUCUUGCUGAACAAUUUCUUAAAGUGGCGCGUUCUAUGGUUGAAAACAAUGGAGGUAGUAGUUCCAGCGGUAAUGCAUACUCAAUGGGUGAUCAAGAUCAAGAAAUUCAGGCAAGUUCGUUGUUACAGACUAUGACUACAAUGGUUAUGUCAAUGAAUAAAGUUUCUUUGACCACACAGUUUGUGCCAGUUUGUAAGUUUGUUAUUCAAAACGCACAAAUCAUUCUUUUGACAGAAAUUGUGGAUUUGAUGGAUGCGUUAGCAUUAUCUUCGAAGACCCUAUAUAAUCAAUUUACACCAGAGAUUUGGGAUUUAUUUCAUGAUGUUAUGGAUUCUUUUGAGACUUAUGCAUUAGAUUAUUUUGAAUCAUACGAAGUAUUUUUUGAAACUGUUGUAUUAUUUGGUUUUCCACAAGAUCAGACUUUCGUCAACCCAUUUUUACAAGUUUUGUCUGUAAAGUUACAAAGUGAGAUAGACUAUGAUGUGGAUAGUGUGUUAAUGAUAUUACAAAUGUAUGCAUUAUCUAUGAAGGAUAUCCCAUUAUUUGAUGAAUGUAUCAAAUUUGGUUUUGCACGUCAAGAAGAGUUGGGUGUGGAUCAAAAGGAGUUAGUGAAAUUAUUCCUGGCAUAUUUAUCAAUUAAGCCAGCAGAGACUUUAAGUAUAAUGGAAUCCAAUGGAAUUACAUUAGAUUUUUUUAAGAUAUGGUUUGACUGUUCUUUGACUAGUGUAUUUGGCAUUAAAUUACAAAUUAUGGCCAUUUUAAACUUUUUACAGAUGACUGAUUUACCUGGAUCUGUUAUUGGGUUUGUUAAUGCAUUUGCGAAUAAGUUAGUCAAAUUAGUGGAGCAAUUACCAAAGGCUAUCAGAAGACACCAAUUGAUAAGUGAAGGUAAUGGUGAUGAAACGGGUGGUGCUGAAGAAAGUAACAUUGAUGAUUUGAAUCCAGAAGAAGAAGAUGCAUUCUAUGAAGAUUUAGAAGAUGACUUCAAGGAGACACCAUUAGAUGGAAUUAAUUCAUUUAAUGAAGUUUAUCAAUUCUUCCAAUUAUUAAAGAAUAAUAAUGCAGUAAGAUAUGAAGAGAUUAUUAAUUCAUUAACUGAAGAAAACAAAUCAUCUUUAGAAGUGAUAUUAAAUUUCGUUUCAGAAAAGAAUCAACAGUAA